GGGGAUUAAAAUGUCGCGUCGCCGUAGGUUCAUUUCUUACAUUUCUCAGUUAGAAUUCUCAGUUUACUUUCAUCCACUUUCAUGCUUUAAUCCUUUUGUCGUCGUCAUAGUCUCGGACAGUGUGUAGCUCAGUGCUUAUCGUGUUAUUGAUAUAUGUGGAUUACAUAUAUACACACUUAUACAUACAUAUAGUAUAUGUAGUUACACAGCACAUAAGUACUUUCAUUACAUACACUUACAUUAAUUAUUGGCGACACUCGCAGCACAACGUUUUAGCUUUGGUAGAUUUCGUUCAUUUGCAAAAUGGCUGAUCACAGGGAACGAGAUUCAUAUUAUUCGCAGAACGAUCCGCGUUCUAAAAAUGAUGACCCACCGAAUUCACGUCUAUUCGUUAUUUGUCAUAAAAGCCUUGAAGAAGAUGAUCUCAGAAAAGCAUUUGACAAGUUCGGUAAAAUCGAAGAUAUUUGGGUUGUCAAGGACCGCAAUACGGGUGAAAAUAAAGGAGUCACAUACAUUAAAUUUUCAAAAACAUCCGAAGCCGCAUUCGCUUUAGAAGAAAUGAAUGGAAAAAUGUUAGGGUCCAUUGGCCGUCCGAUAAAAGUUAUGAUCGCAUCAAACCGUGAUCAAGGAUCAGUACGAGAAACAAAUGAAGAAGAGAGAUGGGUAAGACUAUUUUGUGUGCUACCAAAGUCAAUGACCGAUCAUGAAUUACAGCAGGAGUUUUCUAAAUUUGGAGCGAUUGAGUAUGCGACUGUUGUUAAGGAUAGAAAUACAAAUGAAUCUAAGGGAUUUGGUUAUGUUAAGUUUAAAAAAGUAUCAAGCGCGGCGCGAGCAUUUGAAGAGUGCGAUCGUAAAUACAAAGCGGUAUUUGCGGAGCCAAAAAAACCAAAGCCCGAUCAUUCUGAUUCAAAGUACAACAACAAUGGACUAUCAAUGCCUUAUGACAACAUCGCUAAUAAUUUUGGAUCAUCAAGUUUUGGUAAAAGUAGUAUUGGUUUAGAAAUAGCAACAAACUAUCCGAACCCUGAAGGUUACACUCGGCUCCAAGUUAUCGCACACCCGGCACUGAAUCAAGAUCAACUUUGGAAACUAUUUGAUAUAGUACCUGGAUUAGAUUACUGUCAGCUGAAGACAGAUGUGCGAUAUAGAAUGCCACGUGGACAAGCAACUGUUGUUUAUUCGCACCCAAGUGCUGCGGCUUAUGCACGUGAAAAGUUUCACGGAUUUGAGUAUCCACCAGGUCACCGGAUGAUUGUCAAGCCAGACAUGACUGGUGCGCCGUCACAGAAAAAUUCAAAACCCGGUGGGUCUAAUAUUACGGGAAUGGGUCCAGCUAGAACGGAUCUUGCUCAUCUAGCGGAAACAAUUGCCCAAGCUACCUCUUUAAUUCAAGCAGCUGGACUAACGGCACCAAAUUUGGAGCACACGAUGACUAUGAAAUUACCGCCAGUACAACCAAUGGCCAGUAUUGAUGCUGAUGUUGAAAAAAGAUGUUUCAUUGUUUGUGGACCGCCAGUGCCUCCAAUAUAUGCAAUGAAAGACGCAUUCUGUAGAUUUGGGAAUCUUAUUGAUGUCUACAUGCUCCCGGGUAAAAAUUGCGGGUACGCAAAGUACGCAAGUGUCGAAAGUGCUAAUCGCGCUAUUGAGACAUUACAUGGGCAAGAGAUUUGUGGCUCUCGUCUGAAGGUGUUGGAAGCUGAAGAGCGUAAUGUUGGUGAUGAUCGUCGAAAACGUUUGAAAAUGGACGAGGAACAGAAUUAACUUCGUGGAGUGUCACACUGACUGGUAACCAAACCCACAAACACAAGCUGGACGCACGCAACAAUGAGACGAAUUUUAAGACUCACUGACCACAUCGGGCCUGCAACUGAGGAAAACUACUUCAACUAUCUCUAAAAAAAAAAAAAACAAAAAAAAAUACAACAACUGAUUGCUUACAAUUGCCACUUCAACAUUACCGAAAACAUUAACGUUACUCACUUAAUAUUUAUUUUUAUUUCUCAAUCUUUUAUUUCUUAAUCUUUAAAUCUCCUCACAAUUGAUACACAUACAUCACAUUGUUUCAUAACUUAUUUAUGACAUAACAAUUGUGCGGGGACCGAUUUAUUUUCAUUACUUUUUAAGUUUGUGGCUGUGUUAAUAAUCAAUAUUGCUCACUCGUCGUUUUUAAUAAUUAAUUAAUAUACCGGUUGUGCUUUGGGAAAUAAUUAUUAAAAAUUUUUUAAUCCAAGAUGAAGAAAAAUAAUUUUAAACAAAACUAAAAUAGUUAUAAUUAUUAUGAUAAUGACGUCCUACAUCUAUUUUUAUACAGAAAAUAAAAAAAAAGAAUAAUAAAUUUGCUCUCGGCUAGUGCCGGUAACGGUUCGUAAGUGGAGGAAUAAUUAUUAACAAUUGAGAAAAGUUCAAUGAAAUUUUGGUUUUCUUCAUAAUAAAAAAAAAAAAAAACUUUUGUUUUUUAAAUUAUCUACAAUCAAUUAUAAAAAUUUUUGUAAUUAAUAUUUUAUUUUUUUAUGACAAGUUUUAAAGAAACGAAAAUGAAUUUCUUAAAAAAUUAUUUUAAAAAUUUUUGGCGGCAAAAAUUUCAAAGAAAACUUUUCUCAUAAAAUUUUCAUUAAAAGAAUAUAUAAAUAUAUUCAUUAAAACAUACAAGCUUAUAAAAGAUUUAAAAAAUUAAUUAAUAUAUAAUAUAUUAAUGGUUUUAGUCUCGUAAAUAUUAAUCAGUGUUAUAAUUGUAUUAUUAAUUUAUCAUUAAUUUAAUGAUAAAUUAAUAAAUAAUAAAUAAAUAAACUAAAUUAAUCGCGUGGCCUUUAGAGUUUAGAAUUGUUGGUAAUUUUAACAGCGUCAGGGAUCUUGCAUUUUAAAUAAAAAAAAGAUCAGAACAGAAUGCAUGGAUUCAAAAAUAAUUAUUAAUCUUAGAGUUACAUAAUUAAAAUUCACCUAGCAUCGUAAUUUUAUUAUUAUUACUAUUAUUACUGAUUAGUUAAAUAAUUAUAAUAUUAAUACAAUUACACUUUAAUG